AUAGAACCUGCCGAUGCAGCAUCUAACUGUGCAUAGGUUUCCUACACGCAUAGGCUAGCAGAGUAGUACGUAAGAGCAGCAUCUGGUCUUUGGGGCGGCCAGCUUAGGCCGUUCCAACACAUACGCGAUCUUUAGGAUUACUUAGAUAGCUUCUUGGUGGUUACCAUGAACCGCCUGACGAAGCAGCAAAAAGACAAGAUUACCCAGUUCAGGAGCAUUACUGGCAGCAGUGAGAAACUAGCAAAUGACUGCCUAAAGAGCACGGGAUGGGGCGUAGAGCAGGCAAUUGACUACUUUUAUACAUCGGGUUUGGCAAACCAGACAUCCUCAUCCGGCGGCCUUGACCUCCGAGCCAUCGAGGCGUUAUACCAGCAAUAUAAAGAACCCGGCGAGGAGCUGAUCUCAGUAGAUGGCAUCACCCGCUUCUGCUCGGACCUGGAGGUCGACCCCACCGACAUUGUGGUGCUGGUCAUCAGCUGCUACAUGGGCGCCGCGGUGAUGUGCGAGUACAGCAAGGAGGAGUUCACGGGGGGGCUGGUGAAGCUGGGGGUGGACAGCGUGGAGAAGCUGAAGGGGCGGCUGCCGGAGCUGCGGGCGGAGCUGCGCGGGGAGGGCAGGUUCCGGGAGGUGUACAACUUCGCAUACAAUUUCUCUAGAGAGAAGGGCCAGAAGUGCGUGCAGCUGGACACCGCAGUGGCCAUGUGGCAGCUGCUGCUGGCCUCCCCCUCCGUCCCGGAGCAGCGCUGGCCCCUCAUCGACGACUGGUGCGACUUCCUGACGCAGCACCACAACCGCGCCAUCAGCCGAGACACGUGGGUGCAGCUGCUGGACUUUAUCAAGUCCGUCAAGCCCGACUUCUCCAACUUUGACGAGAACAGCGCCUGGCCCUACCUGCUGGACGAGUUCGUAGACCACAUGAAAACGAAACGCGGGCAGCAAUGAUGCACACGCGGGAGGACAGCUGCGUUCUGGUGUAUGCUGAUUGCCUUGGGUGGGUCUGCUUGCUAGAAGGGAUAAGCCAUGCGCAAGGGGCGGCGGGCUUUCGAGUUUGGCGGGGAGCCGGCGAGUGUACGGCGCUGAUUCGCAGAUGACAAGGCUUGACACAGAAUGACGGAUAAUCGCGGGAUCAGGUCCGGAGCUACCGAUGACUUGUCCAUGCAGGUGUGGGGGUUGUGUUGGGACGGGUGCAUGCCGGCAUGCGGCGGCUGGGUACCUAGCGCGGCUGUGAACCCUAGCGCUUCCGAGGGUAUGCGGCGGUGAAGGGGGUGGCAGUUGGGACCAAUUAGCGUACACUGUACACUUUCGGGUGCUUUGGCGCGGCUGCGGAGUCAAGUUAGUGCGGGUUUCCUGUCCAGAAGUCUGAGACGGAGGGGCCGAGGCUGUGACGACAGUGUGAGGAUGAGAGAAGAUGUGUGAAGGAGGUUGUGACACUGGUACCAGGGGCAUGGAGGCUUGGGCAGAGCAAGCUCAAGGACAAAAUACCUAACCAAACCUGGGCAGAAGGAGGGCGGCAGCAGAGAUGCUGCGACAGCCACUUGGCAGCGUUACAAACCUGUUGUACACCCUGGGUACACCCGUGUGUUUUGUGUUUUGCACUGCAAGACCCUAGUGACGCGAAACGUCCGACGUAGCAUGUGAGAGGGUGUGUCCUGAGCAGAAGGAGCGUGGAGCCUGGUGGAGCUGAAGAAAAGUGGGCGGAUCACCAAGGAGGCUGUUGCUGCUGUACAUGCUGCUGCAGUGCGCGCGUCUGUGGGCGGACCUCGCCCUUGCCAUGAUUUAGGUAAAUUCCAAAGGCGAC